ACUAGUGCGACACAUUCGUUAACUGAUUUGAUCGAUUCUCAAGCUACUGUGUGCUGCUGAAGCAGUAAAUUCUUGAUGGUGACAACUGCUUUUUUGAGAACCUCUUCCUUGUUGCGCACACCAGUUAACGUGUAGACAGGAAGGUCUGUGACUUAUUGAUUGAAUAUUCUCUGAAGGGAGAGAAUGGAUCUUAGAGCAGAUAUUUCAUCGGCCCAGGCAGGAUCACAGGUCCACCACGGAGCUGCUGCGGCAACCUCCAAUCAGGUCACCAUGGCCAGUAACUUUCUUCGAGGUCAAUCGCUUUUGUUGCGCGCUACCGAAAAGUACCCCCGCACGCCAAAGUGCGCCAGGUGUCGGAAUCAUGGCGUGGUGUCCGCACUGAAGGGCCACAAGCGCUACUGCCGCUGGAAGGACUGCAUGUGCGCCAAGUGCACUCUGAUUGCUGAGAGACAGCGCGUCAUGGCAGCCCAAGUUGCGCUCCGUAGACAGCAAGCUCAGGAGGAAAAUGAGGCCAGAGAAUUGCAGCUUCUGUACGGUACAGCAGAGGGCCUUGCCCUGGCUGCGGCCAAUGGUAUCAUACCUCCACGGCAGAGUUACGAGGUAUUUGGCUCUGUCAACAACGAGAGUAACCAAGGUAAGCCGCUCAAUUACUACUCAAACAUCCAAAAGUUUGAACUCUUUCCGAAGACCCAAAUGUCGGGGCCAGUGACUUCACAACAAACCGUGGGGAAAUCCGUUUCCACAGAUUCAGACUCUGUGCCUGGCAUCUCUUCCCCGGACGUGCGCCACGGUUCUGGUUCCGAGAAUGGAGACGGUGAGUCGUUCAUCAGCUCUCCCGUUUCAAAGCAACCAAAAGACGGAGAGGAAACGCCGGGAUCAAUCAGUCCAUUGGGCACUGACUCCGGUUCAGAGACCGAUAAAGACGACCACGACCCGUCCUCCACCUCGGCAGCCUCCAGGCAAAUGAACGCCAUAGACAUUCUUACCAGAAUAUUCCCCAGUCACAAGCGCAGUGUUCUGGAACUGGUUCUGCAGGGAUGCGGUAAAGAUGUGGUGCAGGCCAUUGAACAAAUCCUGAACAACAGUGGACAAGCCAAAGCCCCCGGGGAGACGUGGACUGCGGAGAGGAUUCUACAGAGCACACAACCGACCAUGUCAUCCACUCCAAGGCCCAUGCUACCUGGAGCCAUGACGCUCAGCAACCGCUCUGCCUUCUCCCCUCUGCAGCCGAACGCGUCUCACUUCGGAGCCGAUCCCAGCGCCUAUUCCUUAGGUACUCACCUGGGUCUGAACCCUCUUCGCCUGGCGUACUCAGCUCACAGCCGAGGUCUGGCCUUCAUGACACCGUACUCCACAACCGGUUUGAUGCCAACUCUCGGAUUCAGACCGCCAAUGGACUAUUCUUUCACCGACCUCAUAAGGGACAGGACACUUUUGCACAAAGACCAGGGGUACAGUAACGGACUCUACGGCCCCCUAGUUAAUAACACCCCGGACAAACAAUGA